AUGGCUGCUCUGGUUCAGACCUUUCCCCAGCAAACUGCGACGGUUACAAUGCUCCAGACCCGACCGUCUUCUUCAACAAGCAUGAUACCCAAUAACCAAGGCCAGGCUGGCCAUCAGUAUGCGGCUCAAGCCCCAAGAUAUGCUGUUCCCUCUCCCACUGGGUACCGGGGUAGUUCGACUCCUGUCCAGCAAUACGCUUUUACUAGCACACCGACCCUGAACCAUACACAAUCUUGGCAACCGCAAGGUCAACCGACGCGGAAUUAUAACCACAAUGCCAACUACAACGGCCGCCAGUUUAGCUCCUCGGCUACCAACGUGCAAUACAAUGCCAUGGGCGUUGGCCAAACGGGUGCUCGUGAUGAUUCUGCCAUUCCUCAGCGACGAAACAUUGUGCCUGCUCCUCGACCUCAUUCUGCCUUCCUUGCUGGCCCUACACAACCAACCUCUCCGACUUCUUCAAGCAAAGCUGCACCGGACAGGUAUAGACGGUCAUCACUCACUCCUCAACAAAACCAGCAUGGGCGUUCUCAGAGCACAGCUGUCCCAGUGAACGGAAUGCCUACGGCAACUCAACUCUACAAUGGCCCCAAUCCUGCCCGCUCGGCGAUUCCAAACAGACCCAACAGCUUCUACAAUGCCAUGCCUGGCACAUCUAUGGAUGAUAUGCAACUUCUUCAUUCUCCCAUGGAUGAUUCAAACCGAUCCCGCCGUCGAAGUCUUCGUGCCGAUUCUGACCUGUCGAAGCCUGCUACGCAUGACAAGAGCAAAGCAGACGGAAAUUCCCAAACACUGCGUGUUGUUACUAACGCUACCGCACACUCGCGCAACGGAAGUUCUGAUAGUGUAAAUUCCAGCCGCAGCAGUCACUCUCGACCAUCCUCGUCUGCCAACCGUAAUGUGUCUGCCCCCACUGGAAGCCCCUCUUCCCAGGCAAACAGCGAAAUCACUUCUAAGCAAGAUCACGCCAAGGUCAACAUCCCACCUCGAGGAUCAUCUUCCGAUGCGAUUAAACGCACUACAAACCCUUCACCUCUCUCUAGACCAGCUACCAUGGCUAGCGAGGUCGCUGAAGACGGAUCUUCUAAUGCGUCAGGUGCGGGUAAAAUAGACUCGCCCGCGGCUAAACAGCUUGCUGCUAUCAAGGAUAAAGGACGCAAAUCCAAGAGCAAGACCUCCAGACUGCGACGCGCUUUUUCAUUUGGAAGCGCAGCCGAUUUCCGCAAUGCCGAUGAGGGUGAGGGAGCUGAUAAGACAGAACCCUCCAAACUCCACAAGGACCCAACGGCCGACGAAGCCUACGAUGCCGAACAAGCUCGUAUCGCGGAAGCGCAGGAGGCUGCAGGCCUUGGACACAGUAUCUAUGGUGGCCGGUUCUUUGGUGGCUCAACUGAUAACCUCUCCAUCUCCUCGACAGCGUCAUCGGCUUCCAUCAUGAUUCGAAAGAUGGGCCAAGGUAUGAAGAAGGGUGGCCGGUCUUUUGUUGGAAUUUUCCGACCCAAGUCAGUGAUUGGAGUUGCUCCUGCUGAUGGACCUGUCAAGCCGGAAGCUAGCCAAGCCGCUGUAUCGAUGGUCACUGUCGAGGCUGAGACCCAACGAGUUAACGUGUCGGCCAAUCCCAGGCAGACAGAUACCUUCCCCCAUCUUGAGCGCAAUUCGAUUGAUACGAAUUUGGGUGUUGAGAUUGCUGAGCGUCUUGGGAGCUCUGGAACUGACAACUCGAAUUCGCGUAAGAGUAUUGUCGGAGGUGACAGAGAACGUGCGGAGGUGCUUGCUGCCGUCCGUAAGGGAAUUUUGAAGCGCCCUGGCUCAGCCAGUCCUUCUAUCCGCCCUGCUGAUUCCUCUCCUGGCCUUGAUCUCCCCAGCGUUCCUGCUGUCACCGAUUCCCCGAACUCCAGUGCCCCUAGCACUCCCAACGACGAGUCUCAGGGCCACCGCCGAACUGGCUCGAUCGCUAUUGGCAGUGAAGACUACUUCAUGUCCGCUUUGAGGCUACGACAGGACAGCAAGAGCGCACCAAACACUCCCCACGGAUCUACCAAGCGUAAUGCUACUUUCUCGCCCCGUAUUGUGUUUCACGAUACUUGGCCUAGUCAGGAGUACGAUCGUCGCGGUGAGAUUGCUACCUGCAACCGAUUGACUCCCAUGCUUGCGCAGCAGAUCAAGGAGGAGCUGAACACCUUCAAGAUGGAAAUGGAGGUUCACGAAAACUCAAAGAUUUACACGCACUUUUUCUGA